AAAUGGGUCAUGUGAUGCCAGCCACCCUACCCUAUGUCACAGUGUGGAGGAGCGCUGAUUGCUCUUAUCCAAUCAUGCCUGGAAUGUUGCUUGCCACUUGGGCUAUUUCUGCUAUCUGUCGCUAUCAGUACAGCAGUGCUAACAGUUUGGCAGAUGGGACACUUUUCCUCGGAGUUUAUGUCUUCAGUUCUUAACUUCUGGCAGUGCCUGGACUCGUUGCCGUCUCCCCCCCUCUCCUCUCUCCCGAAACGAUGGCCCAUCGGCUGCGGUUUCAUUUUGGCUCCGGGCGAAGCAACACAGCUCCCGAGUCGGAGAUCUUAGACCACGAGAGAGAAGAUGAUGACUUUUUCAUGUCAUUCCACACUUUACCGAGAAGAAACGGGCCUCACCCUUUCUCCAGGCGCAGAAUGGAUUACGGCGGCGACAGCAGCAGCAGGGAUCUGCGGGAAGACAGUUCCUUGAAAAGGAGCACGUCCAUGUUUAUCCCCCAGCUUCUGAACAACAUCGAUGCACGUCCGACAAGGAGCUCGUCCAUGCAGAUCUCCCUCCAGCGUAAGGCAGUAAAUGGACAUGCUGAUGAGUGUGGGGGCCCAGAGUCCCCCCUGGAGGAGACAGGUAACUUUUCAGAUCUAGGGGAGCAUUAUGAAUCUCUGGUUGGAAGCCAUUCUUCUCCAAGUAGUCCGCAGGUGACUCCAGAUAAUUCUCCACCGAGGCAGACGGAGAACAUGGGGCACGAGAUUAACGGGGGGUCCUCUAAUCAUACAAUAUUUUGUACAAUACCUUCCAAUAACUGGAAUGAUGGCAGCGCAGCUGCGGCUCAAGAUGGCGAAACGAACCCUGCAUCAGGGUUAAACAUCAGCGGGGUGAGGAUUCAGCACCGAGCUUCAAGUGUGGACGUUCCUCAUGUUACGCUGAUGCCCUUUGGUUCCGAGGCUCAGAAUGCCUCUUCUCCCUCUGAACCCAGGCGCUGGUCUUUGCAGCACCUGCCCGAUGGGUCCUCCAGUUCGGGGAAGAAAUUGUUUGUUUUCCAGUUGCAGCAGUCUCAGUCGAACAAUACACAGGCAGGAGCAGAUUACAAUUUUGGUUUCACCGGAACAAAAGGGGAUAGGUUGGUCAGGUACCCACGGAUACGGCUGGAAAGGAGCACCUCGUACCCAGUUCAGCCCCAUCCGGCACGAGUCAGCCCCACGGAGGACGACGGCGUGAAUCCGGCACUUCGUGGAAAUUGCAGGAACGGCUCUGAAAUAUCUCGAAGCGGUUCAGUGGAGCGGGUUUCUCCAGGGCAAGGGUGCACCUUUAAAAUCCGUCCCGAUCAAAACUCCAGGCAGCAGCAUUUCAGAAUCCUUGUGACUCGUGGGACUAAUGAGAGAGGCCAAGGUUCUGGACAGGAAAACCCUAAUGCUCCUGGUUCUGUGGCAGCCAACUCCUCAACCAGAGACGACUUCCUGGGUCAAGUGGAUGUGCCACUUAAUCAUCUUCCGACUGAAGACCCAACCAUGGAAAGGCCGUAUACUUUUAAAGAUUUCCUCCUCAGGCCAAGAAGUCACAAAUCUCGAGUAAAGGGAUUUCUGAGGCUGAAGAUGGCAUAUAUGCCAAAAAAUGGAGGGCAAGAAGAGGAUGGUGAUCAGAGGGAGGAUUCUGAGCAUGGCUGGGAUGUGGUGGACUCCAAUGAUUCUCCGUCUCAACGCCAGGAGGAGCUACCUCCACCUCCUUUACCUCCUGGGUGGGAAGAAAAAGUGGACAACCUUGGGCGUACCUACUACGUCAACCAUAAUAACAGGACAACGCAGUGGCACCGGCCAAGUUUAAUGGAUGUGGCAUCCGAAUCCGACAACAACAUCAGGCAAAUAAACCAAGAGGCGGCUCACCGGAGGUUUCGAUCCAGGAGGCACAUUAGCGAGGAUUUGGAUCCAGAGGUACCGCCCUUGGAGGGUGGAGAGGCACCUGAGCCCUGGGAAACCAUUUCAGAAGAGGGUAAUGCAAGCAGCGAUUCCUUAAGCCUGUCCUUGCCACCCCCGCCGUCAUCGCCCAUCUCUCGGACCAGUCCUCAGGAGCUGUCUGAUGAACUGAACAGAAGACUUCAGAUCACUCCAGAUUCAAAUGGGGAACAACUCUCUUCUAUGAUUCAGAGAGAUCCUUCUGCAAGGUUAAGAUCUUGCAGUGUGACUGAUGCAGUUGCUGAACAAUCCCAUUUAUCACUGCCGAGCGUCCCAUCUAGGAGAGUUCGUUCUUCAACUGUCACUGGAGGUGAAGAGUCAACGCCAUCAGUGGCCUAUGUACAUACUACACCGGGCUUACCUUCGGGCUGGGAAGAGAGGAAAGAUGCUAAGGGUCGUACUUACUAUGUCAAUCAUAACAAUCGAACCACAACUUGGACUCGUCCUAUCAUGCAGCUUGCUGAGGAUGGUGCGACUGGGUCAACAUCAAACAGUAACAACCAUCUAAGUGAGCCUCAGAUCAGACGGCCUCGUAGCCUCAGUACUCCCACAGUAACAUUAUCUGCACCACUUGAGGGACUGAUCAAGGACUCUCCUGUGCGAAGGGCUGUGAAGGACACCCUUUCCAACCCGCAAUCUCCGCAGCCUUCUCCCUACAAUUCUCCAAAACCACAGCAUAAGUUGACCCAAAGCUUCUUACCUCCUGGCUGGGAGAUGCGAAUAGCACCCAAUGGCAGACCUUUCUUUAUCGAUCAUAACACAAAGACCACUACAUGGGAAGAUCCGCGGCUGAAAUUCCCAGUACACCUGCGUUCAAAAGCUGCUUUAAACCCUAACGACUUAGGUCCCCUUCCUCCUGGUUGGGAGGAAAGGAUACAUUUGGAUGGAAGAACGUUUUAUAUAGACCAUAGAAGCCAGGUGUUGAUAUGUGGCGACAUUCAUACCCGAGAAUUAGUGCCUUCCUACGAUAAUAAAAUUACCCAGUGGGAAGACCCCAGACUGCAGAAUCCUGCUAUUACUGGUCCAGCUGUUCCUUAUUCCAGAGAAUUUAAGCAGAAAUACGACUACUUCAGGAAGAAGUUAAAGAAACCAGCUGAUAUACCAAACAGAUUUGAGAUGAAACUCCACAGAAAUAACAUUUUUGAAGAAUCGUAUAGAAGAAUUAUGUCGGUGAAGAGACCAGAUGUGUUGAAAGCCAGGCUCUGGAUAGAGUUUGAGUCGGAAAAGGGCCUUGACUAUGGCGGUGUGGCCAGAGAAUGGUUCUUCCUGUUGUCCAAAGAAAUGUUCAAUCCUUAUUAUGGCCUCUUUGAAUAUUCAGCAACGGACAACUAUACUCUGCAGAUCAAUCCUAAUUCAGGUCUUUGUAAUGAAGACCAUUUGUCUUACUUCACCUUUAUUGGACGAGUUGCUGGGCUGGCAGUGUUUCAUGGGAAGCUUUUAGAUGGUUUCUUCAUUAGGCCUUUCUACAAGAUGAUGCUGGGAAAGCCAAUAACCCUAAAAGACAUGGAGUCUGUGGACAGUGAAUAUUACAACUCCUUGAAGUGGAUCCUGGAAAAUGACCCCACAGAGCUGGAUCUCAUGUUUUGCAUAGAUGAAGAAAACUUUGGGCAGACAUAUCAAGUCGACUUGAAGCCGAAUGGGUCAGAAAUCACAGUCACAAAUGAAAACAAAAGGGAAUACAUUGACUUAGUCAUCCAGUGGAGGUUUGUCAACAGGGUGCAGAAGCAAAUGAAUGCAUUUCUUGAGGGUUUCACAGAGCUCCUGCCUACUGACCUGAUAAAGAUUUUUGAUGAAAAUGAGCUGGAGUUGCUAAUGUGUGGCCUUGGCGAUGUUGAUGUCAAUGACUGGAGACAGCACACCAUCUACAAGAACGGAUAUUGUCCAAACCAUCCUGUCAUUCAGUGGUACUGGAAGGCUGUUCUGCUGAUGGACGCUGAGAAACGUAUCCGGCUAUUGCAGUUUGUAACUGGGACGUCAAGAGUGCCUAUGAAUGGAUUUGCUGAACUUUACGGUUCAAAUGGUCCUCAGCUGUUUACAAUAGAGCAAUGGGGAAGCCCUGAGAAGUUACCCAGAGCUCAUACAUGCUUUAAUCGCCUUGACUUACCUCCGUAUGACUCCUUUGAAGAAUUGCGAGAAAAGCUUCUUAUGGCUGUUGAAAAUGCUCAAGGAUUUGAAGGGGUGGAUUAAGACGGCUCCUGUUCCUUCUUAUUGCUACUAUUGUUAUUAUUUUUGAAACAAAGAUUCUGUUCACGGAGCAAGUUCUGUGUGCUCUCUUCGAUUUGCCUGACAAGACGUUCACAAGACCCAGAGGCAGAACAAGUUGCACAGUGGUUGGUUCAUGGAGCAAACUCUUGUACAGUGCAGACGUCUAAAUUGGAAGUAACUUUCUCUCACCUGUGAAUAGUAUUUCUGAAAUUUCCAUGGCGAGUUACCAACUGGUUGAUGUGUACUCUUGACUACAUUUCAGCAGGACUUGUUCUAUUUAUGUUGUGCCUCUAGGCAAAAGCCCUUAAUAAAUGUUUUACAUACUUUCUAACGACAAUGAAUGGAAUUAAUCCUUUUACAGGUAGAGUAUUACAGCUCAUGUUUACUUUCUAAAAAUGAUUUAAGACAUUUUCAAAUUUUAUCUCAAUACAAUUAAACAAAAAGAAGUAUAUACUGG